AUCGGUCACUGAUCUCACUGAAUCAACAACUGAGUAACCAAGAAAUCUGUCUGAAUCUGAUUAACCAGGAUCCAUUAAGCUGACGAAUCAGAGGAUUUGCCUUCUUUGGUUUGAUUUAGAAGCAAAGCAAAACCACACUGGUUUUAUUAAGGACAUUCAUGAACCCAGCACUGAAGAAUAAGAACAGGAGGUUGUGCUCAUUGGAUUACGCACUGUGGUCAGCAGGGUUGCUUUUUUCCUCACACCUGUAGGACUCCAGACCUGUCAUGAUUCUAUUUUUGUCCAUUGUGCUGCCAAAGUUCCCAGCCAACCGACACUGACUGUGACAACAUGUCUGCACCCAAGCGGAGCAAAAUCAGGACUUUCACUCUGCUGUUUUGCAUUAUUAUGUUUACAACCUUUUUGUUCAGUUACACUUUCCGGGACCCCUCGCACUACUUCUUCAAGUACGCUUUUCGUCUGUCUGACAACUUUUUCUCCAAAGGGCUAUGUGCUUGCCAACAGUGCGUCACAGAACUGGAAGAGGACCCCUGGUUUGCUGAGCGCUUCAAUCAGUCCAUCCACCCUCUGAUGACCAGAGAGAACAGUGUCCUCUCUGAUGAAACCUUCAAAUGGUGGCAGUGGUUGCAGUCAGAGAGGCAGCCAGCCAAUUUCAGUGGAGUGGUGGAGGAGCUGUUCCAAAUCAUCCCUGAUGAGGUGCUCUACAUGGACGCCAGCGCCGAGCGCUGCAGGACCUGCUCCGUGGUGGGGAACUCUGGGAACCUGAAAGGCUCAAAGUACGGCAGCCUCAUCGACUCCAAUGAUUUUGUGAUAAGAAUGAACCAUGCUCGCAUCAUUGGCUUUGAGAAGGAUGUAGGUACCAGAACAACACAUCAUGUCAUGUAUCCAGAAAGUGCCAUAGACCUGGACAACACCACCAGUCUGGUGCUGAUUCCGUUCAAGAUUCUUGACCUGCAGUGGAUGAUUAGUGCUCUGACCACGGGUACCAUUAAACGCACAUACAUGACUGUUAAGUCCCGGAUAAAGGCAAACAAAGAUAAGGUGUUGAUUUACAGUCCCACAUUUUUCAAAUACGUGUACGAGUCUUGGCUUGACGGCCAUGGGCGAUAUCCAUCCACUGGCUUCCUCAGCUUACUGAUGGCUCUUCACAUAUGUGACGAGGUCAGCGUGUUUGGAUUCGGUGCAGAUCAGUAUGGAAACUGGCACCACUAUUGGGAGAAGAACCAUUUGGCCGGAGCUUUCCGACACACAGGAGUCCAUGAUGGAGAUUACGAAUAUAAUGUCACCCUUUUGCUGGCAGACAAGCACAAAAUCCGAAUGUUUAAAGGCAGAUGAUACCAAGCCCACACACAUGUACUUGUUGUCUUUUAAUUUUUUAAUGUUUAUUUUUCCUUCCUCUCACAAUGGGAGAAUACUUUUGGCGUGAGUUCCAAACAGGUUUUCUCACAUAAACUUGUCUGGUCUGUCCGUUUUCCUGUUCCUCACCUUAGCUUCUGUAGCUAGUGAGUGAAGAACACUCACCUUUGGUCUGCUGACCUAUCACUCGUGUUGACAGAGCAGCGGAGCUUUUGUCUCUGAACAAUGAAGGCAAAAGCUACUCUGCCACUUUCAGAAUUUGUCAUUAGAAUUUGUCAGAAUUUUGUCAUCCUAAGUGACAUGUCUGGGAGGGAACACUCAUUGAAGACAAUACAAGAUCAACUAGAUUAUCUAGUAUGUGUAUCGGUUAGCAUUGUGACCAUCUAAAGCUUUGUGUGUGUUACAGAAACAAAAUAAACCCUGCUGUCAGCUGGCGUGCCAUUCUGGUGAUGUAUAAACAUAACAAAGGGGAUUUUAUGCAGUUCACCAAGGUCAUUUCUCCAGGAAGAAACAGUCUGCUAGUCUAAAAGGUGUAUGUUUGAUGCAGUUUAGGUCCAAAUUGACAAGCAACACAGUUUUAAAGUUAAAAGUAUUUUAAUGAGCUUCAUAACAAAACACUCCAUUCACAGUAGUUUAAAUAUCAUGUCAGAAUAAAUUAGAAAUUCUCAUAAACUAACAUAAGCUACUUGUAUUUUUGUUUGUCUGAAGCAGAAAAAUGUAGUUUGCUUAAAAUCAAGUCCAAAAUCUGCCUCAAAGAACAUGUUUUGUCAUGUUGUGACAUUUCUAACUUUCCCACAGGGCUGAAGCCAGGGUAUUUGGAAAUGCUCAGGUCACACAGCCACUCCCACUUAGAAAGUUUUGACUACAUACCAAAAAAUGAAGUCUAUAAAAUGAUUCAGAUUUACCACAUUUUAUUUAUUCAUUCAUUUUUUUUUAAUUACAGAAUAUUGUAUAAUAUUUAUUAUUAUAUUGUUUUCCUCAACAUGAUGGUCAAAAAGUUGUUUGAAAGCCCACUACAUGUUGUUAGAAAUUAAAUUCUUUCAUGGACUUUUCGGGUUGUGAUGAAAUUUGGUACACACAUUCAUGUCCCCAGGAUGAUUUGUAAUAUAUGAUAACAACAACAACAACAACAAUAACACUGGCCCUAAAGCACUGAAGACCUGGACUCAGUGUUGUGUUAUAGUGAAGCUAUUGAUGAGAGUUGGUUUGAAAUGCUCAAAGUGUUACAUAAAUCCCACGUUCUUGAUCAAGUUGUAGUCAUUUGCUAUUCAUCAUGGGAAUGUGACAUAUGGUAACGCCUAUACAGGGGUGCCUUAUCAUUAAAAUCAAUUAAGUACUGUACAUUUAUAAUUUACAUUGUGACACGUAUUUUUCAUGAAAGUGGGUGUUAAGUGCCUUUAAUGGGAGUUUUUUCAAAGACUUAAUUUCACCAUUAGGUUGUGCUUUAUUGUAAUUAUUGUCAUUAAUAUUACAACAUUUGUCAGCAAUCUUUACUAGUUUAUGUUAUUGUUCUGUGUAAAAUGUCAAUUUGAAAGAAUCAUAUGCAUGAUAAACACAGUAAAAUUGUUAAGUAUUUGUCAGUAAGAUUUUUUUGUACAUCUGACAGGACAAAAUGUUGGUUAUACUUAUACAUGAAGGGCAGGUAUGUCAACAUGGCUCUGUCCAGGCUCCAUAUUAUUAAUUGCACUUGCUAAACUUGUUGUCGAUAUCACUUUGAUAAACAGAAAUGCUCUCGUCACCAACAAAUGUUAUGCUAUCUCACAUUCGUCAGGAAUUGAGCUCGGUGGUGCUUCUCUAAUAGGCUAUGAUUUGCUCCAUGUGCCUUGAAACAUAAUGGGACACUGGCCCGGUCAGUGUCUUCAUGAUCCUCUCCAUGUGACAGCAGGCUGAUAAGAAGAGCAACCACAACAUUUGUUCAAAUUUGUCAGCCACUGUGGAGACGACUGUGAUGUGCACUUGUUCUGCAGGGGACACUGUCCCCUAGUGGACAAGAACCUGCAUCAGCAUUAACAUGUUUUGAUUUGUUCAUUACAAGACUGAUGUGAUAACUUUUAAAACUCACUGUCUAAGGCUCAGGCGUGAAUACAAAAUCUGUCACUCACCUGGUUUUCAUCAUCCAACUGAGGUCUUUAUUGUUGAUUACAAUAUAAAACCCAUUAAAUAAAACACAUUCAGAAAAA